GCUCAGUUGCAGACGAGCUGUCCUCUCCACCUUCUUGACGCCGCCGCCUCGUUGUACCCACCCGAUAUUGGAAUCCAUCAUUUCUCCGCGUCGAGCGUGCAAGAUAGGCGCUUCGAAAGCCUGACCGAGUCACGGCGCCAACCAGCACGCAACGUGCCUAGUUACCGCUCCUUUCCCGAAACGCCGGUCUCAAUGUGGUGGGAAACAUUGCAAACUCCACGGACGUCACUGCGAUAGGGACGGUGUAGCACAAGCCGCCAGCUGCGAUGGCAUAUCAGCAGCAAGGCGGGCUUGGGAAUGGCGGAGGAGGUCCGGAACACCAUGGCCCACAGGGCACUGAAUACACGUUGCAGGGUGUAAUGCGCUUCCUGCAGAUCGAAUGGCACAGUCACGAGCGAGCGCGCAAUGCCUGGGACAUCGAAAGGGCCGAGAUGAAGGCCAAGAUCGCGAAGCAGGAGGGAGAGGUCAGGCAGGCCAAGCGAAUCAAUGAGCAAUUGGAACGUCAAGUGCGCAUGCUGGAGAAGGCGUUGAAAAACGAGCGGGCAAGGAAACAAGCGCCCAACGGGACAACAGAGUCAACGGAAGAGAAAUCUGCGCAGGAGGAUGCGCAGAAGGUCAAGAAGGAGGACAGCAAGAAUGGUGAAAAGCAAGACAAGCCCAGCUUAGCCGCGCACAACUCCUUCCUCGAGACGACCGAGCUGCACGACACCAGCGAGAAGGCCCGCGAAGAAUAUCUCGACCAGACAACAAAAUAUCUCAAAAACUGCAUGAAAGAGAUACAAUAUUUGCUCACACCUCCGCAACACCCUCCGCCGCCGCAAAUACUUCCAAAUGGCAACAUUACUGGCCUCCCCGAUGCACCGCAUCCCAUGCAGGAUAUAUAUGAAAUGCAAUAUGGCGACCAAGCGCGACAGCAAGGAUACCGCAAUGGACGGGGCGCCGGUCAGGUCCUGCCCCAGCAGCAACAAAUACCGAACCAUCAACCUCCUCCGGUGCCAAACAGUUUACCGCAAUCCGCAGCACAACGACCUGAUAGCCGCGGGCUAAGAUACCCCGAAUAUUCGAACCAGCAGCCUGCCGAAAGCGUGCAGCAGCAGGCGCCGCAACCACCUGUACAAUAUGAAGAGCAAGUCGAGAACAUCACGCAUACAUUUGAUAGAGAAGGACGAGAAGUGCGGCAACCCGAAUCACACCUUCCACAGCCGCAGCGGCCGGGCAGACAACAGUCUGAUGCCGAGGGAUGGACUUUUGAUGAGGAGCCGCCGCCGCCAUUGGAUGCACCACCCCCAGACGUUCCACCACCUCGAAGGCCAGAUACGGACUUAUUUCCUAGCGCGGCAAGUCACUCUCAGGCGACGGCGAAAUCACCUCCGCGGACAGGACUCCAUGGUCGACGGAAAAGCUCAGGCUCGUCAAGCAUGAGCCGAAGACGAAGUUCUCAAGGCAAGAAUCAAACAGAUGAUGCAGCUGCAGCGAUAGAAAGCGAUCCGACACAGUUCAAAGUCAAGUUCGCGCUUCGAGGUCACCUGGACGUUGUGCGUAGUGUAAUCUUCAGCGGCGGCGGCAGUCCUUCAGAGCCGGAACUUUGCACUGCCGGUGAUGAUGGCACAAUAAAGCGGUGGAUUGUGCCUGCCACUUAUCAAAAUUAUAAUCCCGGGAACAAUAACCCGGAUCUAGACAUACAGGCCAUCUUUACUCACAGAGGUCACGAGGGAAUUGUCACCUCCCUUACCGCGCCCCCAGCCAGCACAGGUUUCAGCACUGGAGGACGGGCGAAUGGCGAAGGCUGGGUGUUCUCCGGUGGGCAAGAUGCCACGAUUCGCGUCUGGGAGCGAGGGAGAGUCGACCCCAAGGCCACACUUGAAGGGCACACAGACGCGGUCUGGGCCGUCUGCGUUCUGCCAGCUUCCGUCGGCGUUGUUUUUGGACCACAAUCUAGCAACUUUGGCGGGCCUGACCGGCUACUGCUCGUUUCUGGAUCUGCCGAUGGCACGGUAAAGGUGUGGGCGGUCAGUGCUCCGCCUCAAUCUGCUUCACCUGCUACUGGAUCUCGAAGAGGUGUUGGUGGCUCGAGAAGACACAGUGUGACGAGCGGCAGCAACUACCCCACAAGUCCCCAGCCGAGCGUGGCGAGUACGACUCCCUUCAGCUACACUCUCGUACAUUCGAUCGAGCGAGCUGGAGACAUCAAGGCCAGCCCUACAAGCAUUUGUCCGCUUUCGCCUUCUGGAGAGACGUUCGUUGUCAGUUACACUGAUUCGUCAGUGCUCAUCUUCGACACGCGGACUGGCGAAGAAGUCAUCGGCAUGGCAUCGGGUGAAACAUACGAUGGCACACCGGAUACUAGCAUUAAUGCUGUUGUAGCCACCAGCGCUGGCCUGGAGCAACACAGUGGCGGCAUACUUGAUGCUGCGACUCGCGGUCUGGACUCCGAAGAGGUCGGCGCUGGCGCUACGGGUGGAAGAGAGGGCCUCGAAGGCGUGGUGAUCACAGGGCAUGAGGAUCGUUUCGUGCGAUUCUUCGAUGCCAACAGUGGUCAAUGUACGUACACUAUGCUAGCCCACCCGGCCGCCAUCUCCGCCCUCUCCCUUAGCAAGGACGGCCGAGAAGCUGUUUCCGCAGGCCACGAUGCCUCGAUUCGAUUCUGGUCUCUGGAAAAGAGGAUUUGCACACAAGACAUUACAAGUCAUCGAGCCAUGCGCGGCGAAGGCGUCUGUGAUGUCUGUUGGAGCCAAGAUGGAAGACUCGUGGUUAGCGCUGGUGGCGAUGGCGUUGUGAAGGUGUUUGCGAGGUAGUUCGUCUCCUCAAAGUUAUUAGAGGAGGAGUUGAGUGGUACGUCGAGUCAGCUCGAAACGAUGGCUGAGAAGUCGCUCCCUCAUUCCCCUCCCCGGGGGCCGGAAGAAGAGCGUAUUUGCAUAUGGAUCAAUGAAGGAAAGCGUUUGAAAGAAGACGGAAGAGGAUGAAAGGUCAAAAAGCACAGUAUGCUUCUCCUUCCUUCACGAUCCCAAUAAUCUUUUCCUCAUUGCGGGAGAUUUGCGGCUACACUGUAUGGAUGGGCCAUCGGGACUAACUUUUGUCUCUCCUUCGUUGUGUAAAUAUCAUGAGAAGAGUUUCGCAUUGUUUUCUUUUACUUUCUAUUCGGAGUGAUGGCGGUCAUGGACAGAAGAAAUUUACUUCUUUGUACGGAUGAUCCUAGGGUAGAGCGGUGCAUAUGAGGCAUGAGAGCGAGCGAGCAAAGAAAGCAUGAGGACGGGAGG